GAAACGGAAACGCAACCAAAGGUCCCAACUCCCAAGCUGUAGAGUCCAGCCCGCAGUCCAUAUACCUCCCGACGCCACGCCACACGAUAUAGCCGUCAACCAAUCCGAGCCACACGUCCCACAGCUCGCGAGUUCGCAACCAAGCCGCCGCACCCCCGAACCCUGAACCCCGGCGAAGCAGCCAUGGCGGCGGCGAAGAUCCGGUGGGGGGAGCUCGACGAGGACGACGACGGCGGCGACCUCGACUUCCUGCUCCCGCCGCCGGUCGUCGUCGGGCCCGACGCCAACGGCCUCAAGAAGACGAUCCACUACCGCUUCGACGACGACGGCAACAAGGUCAAGGUCACCACCACCACCCGCGUCGUCAAGCUCGCCCGUACGCGCCUCUCCAAGGCGGCCGUCGAGCGCCGCUCCUGGGCCAAGUUCGGCGACGCCGCCUCCGGCGACGACGCCUCCGCGCGCCUCACCGUCGUCUCCACCGAGGAGAUCUUCCUCGAGCGCCCACGCGCCCCAGGGAGCAAGGCUGAUGAACCAAGUGCUUCCAAUGAUGCACUGGAAACGGCAAACAAAGGUACUGCUCUCAUGGUCUGCAGAUCCUGUGGCAAGAAGGGUGACCACUGGACCGCAAAGUGCCCCUACAAGGAUCUUGUCGAUACUCUGGACAGGCCUCCUACUUCUGACGGACCUGCGGCACCGAAUGAUCCUGCUAAGAGCUCAUAUGUUCCUCCGAGGCUAAGGAAGGAUGCUGUUUAUCAAGAUGGUGGACACGACAUGAGGCGCAGGAACGAUGAGAACUCUGUCCGCGUUACCAAUUUAUCCGAGGACACCCGUGAGCCUGACCUCCUCGAGCUGUUCCGUGCAUUUGGCCCUGUUAGCCGAGUCUAUGUUGCGCUGGAUCAGAGGACUGGAUCAAGCAGGGGCUUUGGCUUCGUCAACUUUGUCCAGAGGGAGGAUGCUGAGAAGGCUAUCAGCAAGCUCAAUGGCUAUGGUUAUGAUAACCUCAUCCUCCAUGUUGAGUGGGCAACACCUAGGCCUAGUAAUUAGUUGCUGCCUUCGUUUCUCAAACCAAAACAGGGAAAAGUUUGUUACUGCCUACUAGCACAUACAGAUUUACUGCUGGAUGUCUUAUUGGUAUGGUCUUUGAAGUACUCGUAGUAGUUUUGUGUCAGUGUGAAUGACAUUGCUUUUGUACACAUGUGGAUUUUGUUUGUAAGCACGGGAUGACAGUUUCGUACUUAAAUUUUGUAGAGCUUUUUGCUUUGU